AUGAUUUCUGUCCUGUUUCUGCUGAUUGCUUUGGUGGAGGCAGAAAACCCGAAAUACGCGUUUGUAACCAUGUAUUACACGGGUGGAAAGCUGAGCCGAUCUGAUUUGAUUGCAAUUCGCACCAUGUAUCAGUCGUUUUUGUCCAUGAAGUCAGAAGCUGAUUUUGUGGUGUACACGGGGCAGGACACUCCGAGUUCCGAGAUAAAGGUAUUUCAGAAGGACGGAAUGAAGGUGUCCGUCAUUAAUGUGACAAAUGCAUACAAGCAGCGAGCGAUUCCUGUGGAUCUGCAAAAGACCCGCAAUCUGCUGCACUUCUGGGACAUUAAGGAAUACGAGCGUGUGAUAUUCGUCGACCCCUACACAAUCUUCGCCCACAACUUCGACGGCCUCUUCAAAUGCUCCUACCUGUGCCUUAAGGACGAGCAGCCUCUCAUGUACUCGAACGACAUGAUCGUGCUGACGCCUGGCCACCAGCCGACGCGCGAAAUCUUCGCGAACAGCCUCGAAACGCGCGCCACUAUCGACCAAUACACCAAAUUCAAUCACUACGGGUACUACUCGACCGAGCUGUACGAGCAGAGCCAAGCGGCGCCGCUCUUCGAACUCGGCGAUGCCGAGGACUCCUCCCAAAACCUCCGUCGCUUCUACAAUUACAUGAACUUCGCCUCGCUCAUGUGGUACGAGAAAUUCAACUGGGACUUGUACAGCUGCUCGGGCAUUGCCGACAAGCGCCUCCCGGUGUACUCGAUCAAUUUCCGGUACUCGCUGGGUCACCGCGAUUAUUUCCUUCCCACGUUUUGGGAAGACUAUCAUUUUGUUUUUGUUUUAAACGAAAUUUGGUAUCAAUGGCGACGCACACUCCACGAAUCCUUCGCCUUCUACUACCUCGCCCUCGCAGCCCUCCUCCUCCUCCUUUUCUUCGCCGCCAGCUGGAUUUGCCGCGCUUUUUCAAACGCUUUUGCCGCGGUUUUCACCAAACUCGACCCCCUCUUCAAACGCUUCCACUGCGAAACCGCCGCCUGGAAACUCAUCACCGCGGGGAUCCUCGCGGUCUGGUACCUCGCGGGGUUCUGGCUGGUGCCCUAUUGGCUGCCGCCUCCCGCGGGAUUUUUCUUUUUCUUCGCGGUGGUGGCGGAAUUGAGCGGGAUCUCGGUCGUGGCGCUGAAUCGGGCGACGACGAUGCUGAUCGGGGAGAAGCGAAGCACGACGGUGCAGCUGGAGAUUUUGAUCGGAGCGACGGGAGUGUUGGCAAGUAAGAUGAUGAUGAUGGUGAUGGUGAUGAUGGGUAGGUUCGUGCAUGUUUUCGUUCGGGAAGAUGAUACCGAUUGUACUGCGAUUGGUGAUGCUGGUAGUUCAUUUCUUUGUGUUGUUGUAUUGCGUGUAUUCGCAGAUCAGUCCGCUUUGCUGGAAGUCGAAGGUGAUGUAUGCCACGCUGCCAGAAUAAGUUUAUUUGUUUCUUGUUUGUUGGAACUAGCGAUCUGGUAUGGAGGAAACGAAGAAAAGACCCACCGUUUUGCUGGGAAUUACGGGAAGUGUCGCAACUGUCAAAGUGGGGAUUCUGUCGAUUGA